UAACAGUCGCCGGUGCCACUCGUGUUGUCAAAAUGAAAUGUUUACAAUGAGCAUUAUCAUCAUUGUUUUACGUGUUUUUAAACACCAUAAAUCGUUUUAGUUAGUCGGUGAGAUGUCGGCGUUCAGCUCAGAGCUCAUUGACUACCUGGAGGGAAGAAUUUCAUUCGAGGAGUUUGAAAUACGGAGAGAGGAAAGAAAAGCUAAAUUGAAGGUAUCGAACGAAGGGCUUUCAGAGGAAGAUGAAGAGAUUGGACCAGAUGACACUCUCCCCAGCACUUCCCACGGCCGCAGUCCGAGAAAAUGUUCUAAAAACGGCCCGCAGGUGUCGGAUCCCGAGGAAGGCGUCAGCCCCUCUGUCCAGAAGGCUUUUGCCUCGAUGAUGGGGGAGGGAACAGAGACUGAACAGACUGAGGAAGAGGAGGAGGAGGAUGAGGAGGAGGAUGAAGACAACGAUGACGAUUAUGAAGAAGAGGAAGAGGAGGGUUCAGAGGAGGAGAGGAAGAUUGAAGCUAAGGGAGAUGAGGAAGGGCCCUCAGCUGGGGAUGUCUUUGCUCUGGAAAUGGAGCUUAACCGAGAGAACAAGAAGAUGAUGAAGGAGAGACGUAACCGCAGCAAGCUGCCCCGGGCCCUAAGGGGCCUCAUGGGAGAAGCCAACAUCCGUUACGCCCGCGGAGACAAGGAGGACGCCGUCCUGAUGUGUAUGGAGAUCAUCAGACAGGCCCCGCUGGCCUACGAGCCCUUCUCCACCCUGGCUAUGAUCUAUGAAGACCAGGGGGACAUGGAGAAGUCACUACAGUUUGGCCUGAUCGCUGCUCAUCUCAACCCCAGCGACUGUGAGGAGUGGGUCAAGCUGGCCGACAUGUCUCUGGAGCAGGACAACAUCAGGCAGGCCAUCAUCUGCUACACCAAAGCCAUUAAGUAUGACCCCAGUAAUGUGCGCUACCUAUGGGAACGUUGCAGCCUGUAUGAGCGUGGGGAACACAAGCAGUCCAUGGACGGGUACCGUCGUAUCCUCAACCUACUGCCCCCUACUGACGGAGAGCACUUCAUGCAGCUGUCACGAGACAUGGCCAAAAGCUACUAUGAGAGUAGUGACCUGCCGUCAGCCAUGGGGGUGAUGGAGGAGGCUCUGAGGAGACACCCAGAGUUGGUGACAGACGAGAGCAUCAACAUGGCUGCUGAGCUCUACAUAGCCAACCACCAACACGACAAGGCCCUUCAGGUUCUAGUCCAGUUCUGCGGAAUCAUCCUGGAGAGAGGAGAACCUAAGCCAGACCUUGCAGAGGAGGAGAACCCAGAGGAGGAGCAGGAGAAGAUGGAAGCAGAGGAGAACCCAGAGGAGCAGAAGAAGAUGGAAGCAGAGGAGGAGAACCCAGAGAACAUGGAAGCAGAGGAGAACCCAGAGGAGGAAGAGGAGCAGAAGAAGAUGGAAACAGAAGAGGAGCAGAAGAAGAAGGAAGCAGAGGAGGAGAACCCAGAGGAGGAGCAGGAGAAGAUGGAAGCAGGGGAGGAGAACCCAGAGAACAUGGAAGCAGAGGAGAACCCAGAGGAAGAGGAGGAGCAGAAGAAGAAGGAAGCAGAGGAGGAGAACCCAGAGAAAGAAAAGGAGAUGAAAACUGCGACAACAGAGGAGCCUGGGGAGGUUAGAGGGGUGGUAGUUCCAGACCAUGUACCAGUGGACAUCAGAGUGAAACUCAUGGUCUGUCUGAUCCACCAGCAUGUUUACAGACCUCUGGAUUCCAUGUUGACGUCUCUGAUGGAGCAGAGCCCAGAGGAGCUGGGGGAUCUGUACCUGGACGUGGCUGAGGCCUUCCUGGACCAGGGAGAGUACAACUCAGCCCUGCCUCUCCUCUCUGCCCUGGUCUGCUCUGAGAGAUACAACCUGGCUGUUGUCUGGCUCCGACACGCUGAGUGUCUGAAGGCGCUGGGCCACAUGGAGGUAGCAGUGAAGAGUUACAACAAGGUAGUACAGAUGGCUCCUCUUCACCUGGAGGCCAGGCUGUGUCUGUCUACUCUGCAGCAGCAGCUGGGUCGACCUCUCUGUGCCCUCAAGGCCCUGGAGCCCAUGUACGACCCAGACACACUGGCACAGGACGCCUCCGCGGCACAGCAGGAGUUAAAGCUGCUGCUACACCGCUCUACUCUCCUGCGUUCCCAAGGCCGACUGGAUGACUACCUGGAUACCAUGCUGACCAUGCUGGCUAUGCUGCUGAAGGUGGCUAUGACGCGGGCCCAGGUGUGUGUCAAAGCCAGCAUGUGGGCGGGGGUCAGACACCUGCGUCUGGUCAAGGUGUCUAAGGACCUGGUGUCAGACAUCCACGACCAGGAGGCAGCCUACCGGGACAUCAGUGGUAAGACCAGUGUGUUGUCUCGUGAGGACUGGUGGUUACUGUUGGUGAGGUGUGUGUGUACGCUGUGUGAGAUGAAGCGUUUUAGAGAGGCAGAGCUGCUGGUAGACUCUUCUCUGGAGUUCUACUCCUUCUAUGACGUCAAGGUGAAGAGGAAAGAGCUGGAGUUCUUUGGUCUGUCGGCUGCUUUCCUGGACCAUAACUACCGCAAGGCCUACGAUUACAUCAGACUGACGCUGAUGGAGAAGCAGGAGUGGCCCAUGCUGUGGAAUGUAUUCAACCAGGUGACCCUUCACUCCCAGGACGUGCGUCAUCAUCGGUUCUGUCUGCGUCUGAUGAUGAAGAACCCAGACAACCACGCCCUGUGUGUUCUCAGUGGACACAACGCACUGGUGUCUGGCAGCUUCAAACACGCACUCGGUCAGUAUGUUCAGGCGUUCAGGUCUAAGCCAGAUGACCCUCUGUACAGUCUGUGUGUUGGCCUCACCUUCUUCCACAUGGCGUCUCAGAAGUUUGUGGUUAAACGCCACCCGCUAAUACUGCAGGGUUUCUCAUUCCUGUGGCGUUACGUGGAGCAGCGUGGGCCCUGCCAGGAGAGCAUGUACAACCUGGGACGGGCCCUGCAGCAGAUGGGCCUGGCACACCUCGCCAUUCACUAUUACCACAAGGCUCUCAGCUUCCCUCCUCUUACACUAGAGGGUAUUGCGGAUGACCAGGUCGACCUGCGUAGAGAGAUAGCCUUCAACCUGUCAAUCAUCUACCAGGCCAGUGGAAACACUGAGAUGGUACGACACCUCAUCAACACCUACUGCACUGUAUAACGACCUAUCAGGUCCUCUAUAGUGAACUGUAUAACGACCUAUCAGGUCCUCUAUAGUGAACUGUAUAACGACCUAUCAGGUCCUCUAUAGUGAACUGUAUAAUGACCUAUCAGGGCCUCUAUAGUGAACUGUAUAAUGACCUAUCAGGGCCUCUAUAGUGAACUGUAUAAUGACCUAUCAGGUCCUCUAUAGUGAACUGUAUAAUGACCUAUCAGGUCCUCUAUAGUGAACUGUUUAAUGACCUAUCAGGUCCUCUAUAGUGAACUGUAUAAUGACCUAUCAGGUCCUCUAUAGUGAACUGUAUAAUGACCUAUCAGGUCCUCUAUACUGAACUGUAUAAUGACCUAUCAGGUCCUCUAUACUGAACUGUAUAAUGACCUAUCAGGUCCUCUAUAGUGAACUGUAUAAUGACCUAUCAGGUCCUCUAUAGUGAACUGUAUAAUGACCUAUCAGGUCCCAUGUGAUGUGUAUUAGGAGACAUAAUUGAUGGCAUAAAAUAGUGUUUCCCCAAAUAUGCUUUUCUGCAGCGGUGGCUGUGUUAGUGUAGUGGGUGUGGCCAAUGACACGGUCUCUCCGACCGAAAAUGAGCAGAGAUAUUUUGGUGUUUUAAAGCUAAUUUGCUGCAAAUCUACACAUUUUGUCAAGGUGCUAAGAGAAAAUGCUUAGUUUAAAAACAAAUGUCCUGCAAUUCUACUCAUUUUGCCCUGGCUUAUGGCGUGUUCUUAUGCUGUCUGAGUGACUCAAACAGUAUAACAAAAUCAAUGGGGGCCCCAUAACAUGAUAUUUGGGGAAUUUUUGAUUCUUGUUUUUAUUUUGUUGAUUAUAUUUUUGUUCUCAAAGAUAAUCUUUAGGGGCCUCCCGGGUGGCGCAGUGGUCAAGGGCGCUGUACUGCAGCGCCAGCUGUGCCACCAGAGACUCUGGGUUCUCGCCCAGGCUCUGUCAUAGCCGGCCGCGACCGGGAGGUCCGUGGGGCGAUUGGCCUAGCGUCAUCUGAGUUAGGGAGGGUUUGGCCGGUAGGGAUGUCCUUGUCUCAUCGCGCACCAGAGACUCCUGCGGCGGGCCGGGCGCAGUGCGCGCCAACAAAGGUGGCCAGGUGCACGGUGUCUCCUCCGACACAUUGGUGCGGCUGGCUUCCAGGUUGGAUGCGUGCUGUGUUAAGAAGCAGUGCGGCUUGGUUGGGUUUCAACCUGCGUCUCUCCCGAGCCCGUACGGGAGUUGUAGCGAUGAGACAAGAUAGUGGCUACUAACAAUUGGAUACCAUGAAAUUUGGGAGAAAAAGGGGUAAAAAAUAAAACAAAUAUUUAAAAACGAUAAUCUUUAAAAAAAAUCUAUCAGCUUUUCUACACAUAUAUUUCUAUGUUUUCUGGCAACACGGGCCGCCACUGCUAAAUGCAUAUAGGGGAAACACUGUAAUGUCAUGUGAUGUCCUGAUCUAUACCAUAGGAAUAUGAUUACACUGUAGGAUGUGUAGGAAGUCAUACCGUAGGAACACUAGAUGUAUCCAGGGGUCACAUUUAAAAUCACCCCAGUCGGUUACAUCCUGUUCCACAGCCAACUGUCUAAAGAUGUAAAAAUGGAAACAUGUUUUGUUGUUGUUGUUGUCAACAACACCUUAUGUUUACUCUGGCUUGUGUACAUAUAUUUUGUAGAAAAAUGUAUUUGAAUACACUGAAAUAAAAAAAUCUGUUUGUUAA